AUGUUUGCGGUUAUUGGGGAUAUCUACUACGUCCACGAACGGGGCACGAGAGUGGCUGCAUUGACGAUCGCGAUCUCCGGGAUAGCAAAUCUGCCCGCCCUCCUAUCCGGACUGAUUACCGAUCAACUCGGUUGGAGAUGGAACUUUUGGAUGCUGGCCAUCUUUCUUGGUCUUGGAUUGGCUCUAGUGCUUCUUUUUGCCUGGGAGACCGCUUUUGAGCGCCACCAAGAAGCCGCGGGUCCCGAUAUCCCACCCGCAGAGGAAACGGGCGAGAAAGCUUCCAAGUCCGGUCAGGCGCAGUGUGAAGCUAUCGAGAAUGCUGAUACGAUCUGCGCCGUCCCGGCCCCCAAUCAUCCGACCCGCAAGCCCUUUCUGCACCGCCUGGCUCCCUUCUCGGGCGUUCACUCCCAGAUGCCCCUGUGGGAGAUGAUCCUCAAGCCUUUCCUGAUUCUCACCCACCCGGCCGUCGUUUUUGUCGUGGCGCAGAUCUUCACUGCCCCACCAUACUCUCUCGACGCUGUGGAUAUUGGCUACAUGUCGGCCGGCCCUGUCAUCGGCGGCACACUUGGAUCGAUUGUGUGCGGUCUGGUGUCGGAUCCCGUCGCUCGCGCGCUCGCGCGCCGCAACCGUGGUGUCUACGAGCCGGAGUUCCGCCUCGUCCUGAUCAUUCCCAUGCUGAUAGCCAGCGCGCUUGGGUGGUUUUUGUUUGGAAAUCUCGUGGUCGCCGGCACGUCACCGUCGGUCGUUGCCGUUGUGUGGGCCAUCACGACGAUCUCGCGGCAGUUCGGUAUGACCACCAUCGGGGCGUAUAUUCUCGAUGGGGUAUCCAAGCAUCUCGUCCGAGGUGUUUAUCAUCGGGAUGGUGACGAAGAACUUUGUGUUCUUUGGGCUUUCGUGUGCGUACCUUUCUUCCUUGUCCAUUGGAUUUUAGGAUGUUGCUAA